AUGGUGGACAGAAAAUACCGUGUUAACAAACCUGACGCCCAAUACUCAGCUCUAGGGUUCAUACCCGGAAGAGUGACUACGAACGUUUACUCUUGGUAACAGCUAAGCCAUCUGAAUGCAGAGAGGUCACAAACCUGAGCUGGAUCAGAAUGGCAUCUUACUUUGAUGAACACGACUGUGAGCCCACCAACUCAGAGGAACAGUAUCGUCAGAACGCACUACUUGAACUGGCCAGGUCGCUAAUGCAGGGUUUGGACAUCGUUGACUCAGGGGUAUUUGACCUGUCAGACUGGGACCAGCGUCUUCCUCCUCCAGCUGCCAAAACUGCUGUUCAGACACUUUCUGUGGUCAUUAUUUCACCAAAACAAGCAGACAAAGGUCUCAAGUGUCCUGUGUGUUUGCUGGAAUUCGAGGAGCAGGAGACAGUUCGAGAAAUGCCGUGCAAACACCUUUUCCACUCCGGAUGCAUCCUGCCCUGGUUAGGCAAGACUAAUUCCUGUCCACUGUGCAGACUUGAAUUACCGACUGACAAUCCAGAGUACGAGGAGUUUAAAAAAGACAAGGAGAGGAGGAAGCAGCGGGAGCACAGACUGGAGGAUCUACAUGGAGCCAUGUACACGUGAUAGACAGCACGUGACUCGAUGGUGAACUUUGACCUUUUAAAACAUGCAGGAUUAGGAAAAACUUAAAAUGUGUCUCUCAGGCUGUACAAAUGCCUUUUGGCCCCCUGUAGGUAAUAU